AUGCCGGAAGAAGAAUCGCAAUUAAAGAAACCUUGGACUAGGUUAUUAUGGUUGAAACAAGAUUAUCCAGAUAACUAUACAGAUCCUACGUUUUUGAAAUUUAUGGAAAAUCUACGAGAACGAAAAUCCAAACCAAAAGAUUAUAUUUUAAAAAAGGAUGAUUAUGAAAAGAUACGAUUGAACUUCCUAGGGUUUUACCAUAUAUUAUUGAACACAUGUUUUAUUUUCAUAUGUUUUACGUACAUUUAUGAAUACAAAGCAAAUCCUGUACCAUUAACAGGCUGUGUCUCUUUUCUGCUGCUCUGUCUUUCCAUUUCGAACAGAUUCCAGACAAAUGAAUUAUCGGCACUAUUAAACUUCAAAUCAUCCAUCAUAUUAAUAUUUAUCAUGCUUACAGUAUCUCCCAUUUUGAAGUCACUUUCUAAGACAACAGCGUCAGACUCCAUUUGGACUUUAUCGUUUUGGUUAACAAUAUUUUAUACAUUUGCCAUUGCUUCCACAAGCCUCCAAAAUCGUGAAAAGAAAACUAAUGAAAUUAGGAGACCAUCUAAUUUAUCUACAAACAUCCUAUUGGCUAAUGUGAGUGUCCUCGCUUCGAGGUUGUCCUCCACCACAGAUGUCUUUUGCUUUCUAACUCUCUGUAUUGAAUUGAACAUCAUCUUGCCUAGCAUUUUAAAAUCAGGAUGGAACUUCACUAGUUUGACAAUUUCCAAUUUGAUUGUUUAUGUGUUUUUAAAUAUUUCUUUGGGCCUUUCCUACACUCUAUUAAUUUUGGCAUUCUCACUCUUUUAUUUGGUUGUAUUACCGCGAUGGUUUUUCUAUUGGAGAGUUCAUUACCAUAGGGAUGAUGUUGAAAUUUUGACCAUAUGGGACCCGAAAACACCAAUUGUCGAUUUAUGA